AUGGCGGCAGAAGAAGCGGCGAGCACCGAGAGGCGGCAGCAGAAGAAGCGGCGACUACCGAGAGACGGCGACAGAAGAAGCGGCGAGCACCGAGAGACGGCAGCAGAAGAAGCGGAGAGCACGGAGAGACGGCGGCAGAAGAAGCGGCGAGUACCGAGAGACGGCGGCAGAAGAAGCGGCGAGCACCGAGAGGCGGCAGUAGAAGAAGCGCGGCGAGCACCGAAAGGCGGCAGCAGAAGAAGCGGCGAGCACCAAGAGACGGCGGCAGAAGAAGCGGCGAGCACCGAGAGACGGCAGCAGAAGAGGUGGCGAGCACCCAGAGGCGGCAGCAGAAGAAGCGGCGAGCAACGAGAGGCGGCGGCAGAAGAAGCAGUGAGCACCGAGAGACGGAGGCUGAAGAAGCGGCGAGCACUGAGAGGCGGUAGCAGAAGAAGCGGCGAACACCGAGAGGCGGCAGUAGAAGAAGCGGAGAGCACGGAGAGACGGCGGCACAAGAAGCGGCGAGUACCGAGAGACGGCGGCAGAAGAAGCAGGGAGCACCGAGAGACGGCGGCAGAAGAAGCAGAGAGCACGGAGAGACGAAGAAGCGGCGAGCACCGAGAGACGGCGGCAGAAGAAGCGGCGAGCACCGAGAGACGGCGGCAGAAGAAGCGGAGAGCACGGAGAGACGGCGGCAGAAGAAGCGGCGAGCACCGAGAGGCGGCAGCAGAAGAAGCGGAGAGCACGGAGAGACGGCGGCAGAAGAAGCGGCGAGCACCGAGAGGCGGCAGUAGAAGAAGCGAGGCGGCAGUAGAAGAAGCGGAGAGCACGGAGAGACGGCGGCAGAAGAAGCGGCGAGCACCGAGAGACGGCUGCAGAAGAAGCGGAGAGCACGGAGAGACGGCGGCAGAAGAAGCGGCAAGCACCGAGAGGCGGCAGCAGAAGAAGCGGAGAGCACGGAGACACGGCAGCAGAAGAAGUGGCGAGCACCGAGAGGCGGCAGCAGGAAAAGCGGCGAACACCGAGAGACGGCGGCAGAAGAAGCAAGAGCACCGAGAGACGGCGGCAGAAGAAGCUGAGAGCACGGAGAGACGGUGGCAGAAGAAGCGGCGGCAACCGAGAGGGGGCAGCAGAAGAAGUGGAGAGCACUUAGAGACGGCGGCAGAAGAAGCGGUGAACACCGAAAGGCGGCGGCAGAAGAACCGGCGAGCACCGAGAGACGUCGGCAGAAGAAGCAGCGAGCACCAAGAGACGGCGGCAGAAGAAGCGGAGAGCACGGAGAGACGGCGGCAGAAGAAGCGGAGAGCACGGAGAGACGGCAGCAGAAGAAGUGGCGAGCACCGAGAGGCGGCAGCAGAAGAAGUGGACAGCGUGGAGAGACGGCGGCAGAAGAAGCGGCGAGCACCGAGGGACGGCGGCAGAAGAAGCGGAGAGCACGGAGAGACGGCGGCAGAAGAAGCGGCGAGCACCGAGAGACGGCUGCAGAAGAAGCGGAGAGCACGGAGAGACGGCGGCAGAAGAAGCGGCAAGCACCGAGAGGCGCCAGCAGAAGAAGCGGAGAGCACGGAGACACGGCGGCAGAAGAAGUGGCGAGCACCGAGAGGCGGCAGCAGGAAAAGCGGCGAACACCGAGAGACGGCGGCAGAAGAAGCGGCGAGCACCGAGAGGAGCGGAGAGCACGGAGAGACGGCGGCAGAAGAAGCGGCGAGUACCGAGAGACGGCGGCAGAGGAAGCAGCGAGCACCGAGAGACGGCGGCAGAAGAAGCGGCGAGCACCGAGAGGCGGCAGCAGAAGAAGCGGCGAACACCGAGAGACGGCGGCAGAAGAAGCGGCGAGCACCGAGAGACAGCAGCAGAAGAAGCGGCGAACACCGUGAUUCGGCAGCAGAAGAAGCGGAGAGCACGGAGAGACGGCGGCAGAAGAAGCGGCGAGUACCGAGAGACGGCGGCAGAAGAAGCUUCGAGUACCGAGAUACGGCGGCAGAAGAAGCGGCGAGCACCGAGAGACGGAAGCAGAAGAAGCGGAGAGCACGGAGAGACGGCGGCAGAAGAAGCGGCGAGUACCGAGAGGUGGAAGCAGUAGAAGCAGCGGAAACCGAGAGGCGGCAGCAGAAGAAGCGGCGAGCACCGAGAGACGGCAUAACAAGAAGCGGCAAGUACCGAGAGACGGCGGCAGAAGAAGUGGAGAGCACCGAGAGGCGGCAGCAGAAGAAGCGGCGAGCACCGAGAGGCGGCAGCAGAAGAAGCGGAGGGCACGGAGAGACAGCGGCACAAGAAGCGGGGAGUACCAAGAGACGGCGGCAGAAGAAGCGGCGAACACCGAGAGGCGGCAGCAGAAGGAGCGGCGAGCACCGAGAGGCGGCAGCAGAAAACGCGGCGAACACCGAGAGACGGCGGCAGAAGAAGCGGAGAGCACGGAGAGACGCCGGCAGAAGAAGCGGCAAGCACUGA